AUGGAGGGUCAUCUCAAAUGGAGCCUGCCACUUGUCUGGCGGCAGGCAACAUCCCUGGUCUUGGCGGCCGGCGCAUUUUCCACAGCGUGCCCCGCAUCUUUGGGGUUUCAUCAAACUGCCAGCCAGCAGUGCCAGCUUGCUUGCCCAGGGGCCCGCCGACUGACGACGACUUGCUUGCUUUCCAUCAUUUCGACUGCAGUAAAGCAUUUGACGACGAUUCUCGCCUGCAAGAGCUUCGUCUUUGGCCAAGCUUCGAUUGGCGAUUCACAGACACAGCCAUGUCCUCCAACACGGCUAUCAUCUCCUCCUUUGUGGAGGGAGCUCCGCCAGGAGAGCUCGCGAAUGUUAUCGAAGGCAUACAUCAAAGCUAUUACCGGUCCAGACCCCAACCUCAUCAAGAACCUCUCUCCUGCGUUCCAAAAGUACAACGAAGAGCAGUUCAUCACCGCGAAGCUCCCGGGUGGAAGCAGCCAGGUGAUCAUCAGCGAGUUUAGCGCGCUGGGGGAGGGGAGGUACUUUGAUUCGGAGAGCCAGAGCUCGUUUGAGUUUGAUCACUCGACGGGCAAGGCGGCGAAUGUGCAGAGUCAUGUUCUGGAGGGGGAGCAAGCCUCGUUGGUGAAAUCAACCCUCAGCACUGUGGGCACCUACGUCAAGGAGCACUACCCCAACGCUGCGUACGGGGCUUACCCGAUCGAGAACGACACCAAGGUCGCGGUGGUGAUUGUGGCUAAUAAGUAUAGUCCUCAUAACUUUUGGAAUGGCCGCUGGCGCUCGUUUUACAUUUAUGAUCCCUCGUCAAACUCCUUGGAGGGAUCCAUCAAGGUUGAUGUGCACUAUUAUGAGGAUGGAAACGUGAGGCUGCUGACGGACAAGAAGGUGAAUGCUUCUGUGUCUGCCGGCCGGGCUGCGGAUGGGAUCGCGAGGGAGAUUUCCACGGCGGAGAAGAAGUACCAGGAGGAUCUGAACAGGAGUUUUACGCAGCUGAGUGAGGGGGCGUUUAAGGCGCUGAGGAGGCAGUUGCCGGUGACGAGGCAGAAGAUUGAGUGGGACAAGGUGGCCAGUUAUAGAUUGGGGCAGGAUAUUGGGGGGGGUUCUGUGAGGAGAUAG